GCCUAACCACCAUGAGGCUGCGAGAGAUUCAGUAUCAUAUUGUCUCUUUAUUUGUUUUGUUUGUUAGGGUACCCCUGGAAAAACAAUGCACGUGUACACCACACACAUCUUUUGAGGUGUCAUAAUACAUCUGCUGUAGUCAGAUUGGCAAAUUGAAUGAGGAAAAGGAAAUUGCGACCACAAGCAGGCUUUAAUGUGCUGGGCUUUGAAUGUUUGAGGUGUAUCCAACAAAGACGUUCUAAACCCGAAUCAGAACGUAUGCGCUUCAAAGGAAGAUUAUAUUCUGGUUCUAUGGCCUUGCUCUUUAAUAUUUGUCAUUGUCCGCCCAUAUUUUGAUAUUUGACUCCACGAUCAACAUCCUGCAAGUUGCACCAGCCUUGGAUUUGCUGACGUGUCGGCUUCAUCUGCUCAUGCUCGAGCAGAACCAGAUAGCCCAACUGACGACAUGGCUGUAAAUGUAUCUCAUGUAUACAUUUUACUUUUAUUUAUUAUUAAUUUCAUAUCCAAUGCCGCCACCGAAAGGAGAUUCUCCGACUUCAAACGAUGUGCUGACGAAGAAUGCAGUAUGCUCCUGUGCCGGGGGAAAGCAUCAAGUGAUUUCACUGGACCAGACUGUCGGUUCCUGUCUUUUAAAAAAGGAGAGACGGUAUAUGUCUACUAUAAACUCUCAGGCAGAAGGACAGAUAUAUGGGCGGGGACUGUUGGUAGCCGCUUUGGUUACUUCCAUAAGGACCAACUCGCAAUCAAUCACAUAUACACUGAAAAAGAAUUGGAGAUUCCUGCUCAGGAAACCGACUUUGUUUGUUUUGACACCGGACACGAUCAGUUUGACAGUUAUGACAUUGAGUCACUGUUAGUCUCCUCCUUAUUGUUAACGGACCAAGACAAGUCUGUACAAGGAACCACAGAGACUUUAGACCGAAACGAAAGUGCAGAGAGCACCACAGUGGAAGUGGAUGAGCCUCCACCUGAAGUGACUCUGUUAGAAAACAAUGAGAUUGAUAGUGAUGUUCCUGAGGACAUUGAUAAGGUUUUAGAAGAGGUUUUAGAGGAGUUUCCAGAGGAUAAAGAUCCAGGCCAUUUUGAUCCUUUAGAGUCCUCUCUACCUCAGCCUGAAAUUGAAACUCUUGACGCAAAAGGAGUUGAAUCUAACACAGUAGUUGAGCCCACAGCUGAGAGGAUCAAAGAUGACCUUCAGAAAUAUCAGCUGAGGACUGAGGACUCUGUGCCGGACAGUGUUGUUGAACCAGAGCAAGGUGAGACUAAAGAAAGCCUUUCAGAACCUCUAUCCAAAGAUGAUCCUGAGUUGGAGAAUGCGCCAGCUGGUUUUUCAGAAGGCAGACCUAUCCCUCAGUUGAAAACUACACUUGGAACAACUUUUGAUGCUGUCACCUCCGAUGACGAGGAAACUAGGAAGGUGACUCCAUAUGACGAGGAGGACGAGGGAAGUGAAGAGUUUGAAUAUCAGCAGGAUGAGAAAAGUGAUUAUCAUCUUAGCAAAACUCCAUUGCUGGCUUUUUCUGAAGAACAUUCUAAUUUAGAACACGAAGACAUUGAUAAGGUUUUAGAAGAGGUUUUAGAGGAGUUUCCAGAGGAUAAAGAUCCAGGCCAUUUUGAAUCUGAUCAGACAGAUGAGGAAGAGAUUCCACCAGAGACUGCUGAAAAACAGGACUCCAAGGACAAGAACCUGUGGUCUUCAUUAGGUGAUACAGUUUUUAACAUUGUCAGUGGUGGGGAAAGAACAGCUCAUGUUACAGGUUCAGAGGAAGAGGACGACGACGACGAAGGUGAGAUUGCACCAGAGGAGCCUUCCAAAAUUGAAGAACCCAAGGAGAAUAUACAGCUGCUAGCCAACGACCCAAAGCAGGAGCCAGAGGUAACAGAACAGCCACAUGAGGUUAUCUUUGAGGAACCUGUAGUUUCUAAUUUCCUUGAGGCGGCUGUCAAAAUGCCUGAUGUGGAUUCCCAGACUUUGCAGUUGGAGGAUGAACCUGAAGAAGGUGACAUUGAACCUUCAAUACCGCCUGCUGAUGAGGUGAUUCCUUUUGAACAUACUGAGGCUUUAGCAGAGAAUCUUACAGUAAAUGAAAGCCCCGUCCCUAAACACGUCUCACAGACAGAAAUGCUUUCAGACUUUGAUAGUAAUACUAUUGACUCAGAACAGACACAAGCUGUUGAAGAACUCCCCAUACAAAAAGAACCCAAGGAGAAUAUACAGCUGCUAGCCAACGACCCAAAGCAGGAGCCAGAGGUAACAGAACAGCCACACGAGGACAUAUUUGAGGAACCUAUAGACUCUGAUUUCCUUGAGGCUAUCAAAAUGCCUCAUGUGGAUUCCCAGACUUUGCAGUUGGAGGAUGAACCUGAAGAAGGUGACAUUGAACCUUCAAUACCGCCUGCUGAUGAGGUGAUUCCUUUUGAACAUACUGAGGAGGCUUUAGCAGAGAAUCUUACAGCAAAUGAAAGCCCAGUCCCUAAACACGUCUCACAGACAGAACUGCUCUCAGACUUUGAUAUUAAAACUAACGUAUCAGAGCAGAAACAAGCUAUUGAACUCCCUAUACAAAAAGAGUCUAGAGAUUUCUCACAAGUAGAGAAUAAAUUGAAACCGGGUGGUACAGAGCUUUUCAGACGAUUUAGAGGACCUAACGUCCCAGAUCCAACUAAAAACACAAUGGUUAAAGAGAGGCAUGAAGAACUCCCUGUAGACGAGGAGGAUUUGGUAGACCCAGAGAACUUGGAGAUUGAAGAAGAAUUGCUAGAGGAUGAAAAUGCAGCAUUGUCUUCAUCCAAAACCGAGCACACUGAUAAGGACAAAGAAAGUAGAUCGGAAUUUGGGUCAGAGCAAUCCAAUAAUGCUACAGAAACUGAGGUAUCUAGUGAUGAGUUGGAUGUUGUCCAAAUUGAGGAGGCUAUUGACAUAGAACCUGAGGAGCAUGACAUAGAAGAUUCAGAAAGCGCAGGCUUGGAUCAAACACAUACACCCUCACUUGAAGACAAAGUUCCGGAUCCCCUUUCAGGCCAAGAGCCAGAAUACAGUGAUAAUGUGUUGAGGCUGACGCUACUGCGCUACCACUUCAAGGAACAGGAUAUGAAGCUCUUCCAGAAGAUUCUGGGUCUUCAGAACCUCUUCAGGGUGGAGUUCUUGUUCUCUGACCUGGAGCAGGAGCUGAAUGCUGCCCUGAUGUCACAAACAAACACCAGUGAGGACAUUGAAAAGGUGCUGGAGGCCAUUUUGGAGGCCUCUGAGACCCCAAUCCUGGAUGAGAUUGAGAGGAUGCUGGAUGCCCGGGAGAAUGCUGACGUACAGCAGGAGACUGGUGAGCUUGAUGUGGAAGCCACCAUCUUGGACAACUUCCAAGAGUUGGCGUUCACCCUGCAUCAGAAGUACUCAAUGACCAGCGACAGUGCUCCCUUGGCAGAGGGCAGUCAACUACACCCUGACACCGAUGGGGACGUGUCUGAUGCAGAGGAAGAAAAGACGUUCCUGCACUCUGUGGGGGACAUAAACGAGGACAACCUCACGGUGACGGGUGAAGAGACUAAGGCACCUGAGGAGAAGCCUGACCAUGAAGGCCACAACAGACCAGAUAUGGGUCUUGAGGAGGAUGUGGGGCAUUUUAACAGAAACCAAGACAAUCAACCAGAAGAAAUCCAGAGGGGCCCUCAAGCUAUUUUGGAAAAUACCUUGGACAUGGGACUUGUUGACAUGGAGCACCCUUCCUCAGGCUCUUUGGAGUCGCCCCCUGUUUCUGAUUUCCAGGAAGAGGAGCAGAGUAGUUCAUCAAUCGUAUCGGUGUUCAUUUUCUCUGGUAGUCUAGUCACCGUGGUUUAUGAGUACCUUGGAAUAUAUGCUGUUAUGAUGGUCACCUGCCUGCCAGAGGAAUGGAAGCCAGGUCCAGACUUUUACGGCGUGUCCUGGGAACCCGUGCUGGCCACUGCAGGCGCCGGGUUCAUCGGCUUCCUCUUCCUCUUUUGGAGGAGUGUUCUAUCUGUCAAAAGGAAGUCCUAUCUAACUACUGAAAAAGAGAUGGCAGACAUGAUGAAAACAUUUGAACAAGAGAAGGAGGAGAUACUCCUAAAGGUUGCUGAACUGCAACAACAGGGUGAAGAACUCAAAGAAAAGAAAAAGCUGUCUGAGAAAUCUGCCACCUCAUCUCUGGAAAAGAUCCAAGAAUUAAAAAAUCUUGUGCAAGAGAUGGAGAGACAAAAUGAGUGCCUGGACGAGGAAAAGAACUUGCUCGCCAGAUCCUUUGACGAAGAGCGGACAAAGGCGGCGAAACAUCAAGAUAUGAUGUCAGAAAUGGACAAAACUAUUGAGAAGUUGAAGCGGAGCAGAAAGAAGACUCAGGAGGCUCUCUCAAAGGCUACCAUUCUGAUGGAAGAAGCCAAGCUCCGCGAAGAUGCACGGAAUGUCCAGCACCAGGUUCUGGAGAAGGAUAUCGCCACCCUGCGAGAGGAGAACAUCUCGCUGCACCACACUGCCAAUUCGUGGGAGGAGAAGCACAGGGAGUUGAGCGAGCAGAUCAAAGUCUACCAGAAGUCCCAGAAAGACCUGGAGGACUCCCUUGUUCAGAAGGACCACAACGUUGAGGUUUUGUCUGACCUCUUGGGAGACCUCGAGGCCUGCGACGACCUGAAAGGAGGCGUCGUGGCUAACGGGGAAGCCGCUAACGACAAGCAGACCGUCAUCCGAAACCGCAUCAAGCAAAUGAUGGAUGUCACUCGGGUCCAGACCACUCUGUCUGUUGUGGAGGAAGAGCGCGAUCGCUUCAUGACCAAGCUGCUGAAUGAAGAGAAAGCCAGGAAAGAGCUGGAAGAACAAUACCAGAAGCUGGAGCAUGCCAUCUUGUUGGUGAAAAGUGAUAAGAACCACCUGGAGAACCAGUACAAGACCCUGCAGCAGAAGAAUGAGAUCAUCACAGAGAUGUACCAGCAGAAGGAGAACGCCUUGCAGCAGAAGCUAACCAAGGAGGAGUUUGAGCGUCGUAACAACGAGGAUAGGCUGACUGAGGUGGACGGCAAGGCUCUGGAGGCCGAGGAGGAGGUCAAGGUGUGCAGGCAGCGUAUCAAGGAGAUCCAGGAUGAGCUGAAACAGACUGAAAAGUCCUACAAAGCCCAGAUCAUUGAGCAGGAGCAGAAAUCCCAUGAGAACUGGGUUAUUGCACGCGCCGCAGAGAGAGCUUUGUUGGACGAGAAAAAGGAAUCAACCAACCUCCGUAUCAAACUGACGGAGAUGUCCAGCAAGCUGAAUGAGCUCCGUAGGCCUCUAUUCAAACCCACCCCUGGGAUGGCUCCCAUGCCUCUCCGACGAGGUGACUCGUACGGGCCCUCGCCUGUGAGCGGAGGUGCCCCGUCCCCCCCUCUCAUGGUGGAGGGUCCUGGGCGACCCCCCUCUGCCCCUGUGGGGAGACGGAACGAGCCCUACGGACCACGACCUCCAUCUGACCCUCACGGUCGUUACCCCCCUGACCACAAACACCCAGUGGCUGCCAGACCUGACACCAUUGCGCCACGGACAUCCUCUCCAAGCAGUCUGGACAGCUCGAACUCAGGACCUCGGGGCCCUGGCUCCCUCCUGGCCUCCCCUAUCAGCUCCCCCCCCGACUCAGGCCCCGGCCCCCUCAGACCAGUUAUCAGCCAUCCCUCCGGACUCUGCUACCGUCCUCCUGGCCCUGGGCCCCACCACAUCCCUCCUCCCUCACCCUUCAUGCCUCCCAUGUACCGACCAGCCAACGGACACCCAGGCAUGAUGCCUCCCGGACCCCCACCACCUAAUGGACACCCACCUGGCCCCAUGAUGCCACCCGGACAGCGGCCUCCACCUCCUGGUGCCUACGGCCCCCCACACCACCGGGGCCCUCCUCCACCUCACUAUGGACCAGUGCCUCCCCCAUUCGGUGUUCGCGGCGGCCCCCCUAUGGCCCGACCCAUGGGACCACCACGUCCCUACAUGCACUACGGACCACGUGAUCACUCCAUCCCACCCCAGCACCUGCCCCCAGGAGCGGCCCCAUACCCUCCUUACAGUGGCCCCAGAGACUUCCCCGGGCAGCCCCCCAUGCAGCAGGCCCCCCAUGGGCAUGACUCUUCUGUGGGUCCCCAGGGGCAAGACUACAGCUCCCAGCAGGCAGCAGCUACCCCCCAGCCCCAGGACUCAGUCAGCUCCUCCAUGGGAGAGCCUUAGACACCCACCAACUAUGUCAGAGGGCUUGGAUACCACCUGCUACCAUUAACAACCCGGCUAUGUCUAAUCAACCAUGAUUUCUCUUUAUUUUUCCCCUUUCCUUUAGAUUUAAUUUGGGUAUAUAUAUAUUAGUGCCAGUCAAGUUUGAACACCUACUCAUUCAAGGGUUUCUUUAUUUUUACUAUUUUCUACAUUGUAGAAUAAUAGUAAAUACACCCAAACAAUGAAAUAUCACAUAGGGAAUCAAGUAGUAACCAAUAAAGUGUUAAACAAAUCAAAAUCUAUUUUAGAUUAUUCAAAGUAGACACCCUUUGCCUUGAUGACAGCUUUGCACACUCUUGGCAUUCUCCCAACCAACUUCAUGAGGAAUGCUUUUCCAACAGUCUUGAAGGAGUUCCCAUAUAUGCUGAGCACUUGUUGGCUGCUUUUCCUUCACUCUGUGGUCCAACUAAUCAAAAACCAUCCCAAUUGGGUUGAGGUUGGGUGAUUGUGGACGCCAGGUCAUCUGCAGCACUCCAUCACUCUCCUUUUUGGUCAAAUAGCCCUUACACAGCCUGGAGGUGUGUUUUGGGUCAUUGUCCUGUUGAAAAACAAAUGAUAGUCCCACUAAGCCCAAACCAGAUGGGAUGGUAUAUCGCUGCAGAAUGCUGUGGUAGCCAUGCUGGUUAAGUGUGCCUUGAAUUCUAAAUAAAUCAGACAGUGUAACCAGCAAAGCAACCCCACACCACCACCUCCAUGCUUCACAGUUGAAACCACGCAUGCAGUGAUCAUCCAUUCACUUACUCUGUUUCUCAAAGACAAAAAUUUGGACUCAUCAGACCAAAUGACAGAGUUCCUCCGGUCUAAUGUCCAUUGCAUGUAUUCCUUGGCCCAAACUAGUCUCUUAUUGGUGUCCUUUAGUAUUGGUUUCUUAGCAGCAAUUCAACCAUGAAGGCCUAAUUCACGCUGUCUCCACUGAACAGUUGUUGUUGUGUCUGUUACUUGAACUCUGAAGCAUUUAUUUGGGCUGCAAUUUCUGAGGCGGGCAACUCUAAUGAACUUAUCCUCUGCAGCAGAGGUAACUCUGGGUCUUUCUUGUGACAGUCUUCAUGAGAGACAGUUUCAUCACAGCGCUUGAGGGUUUUUGUGACUGCACUUGAAGAAACUUUCAAAGUUCUUAAUGUUCCACAUUGACUGACCUUCAUGUCUUAAAGUAAUGAUGGACUGUCAUUUCUCUUUGCUUAUUUGAGCUGUUUUUGCAUUAAUAUGGACUUGAUCUUUUACCAAAUAGGGUUAUCUUCUGUAUCACCUCUACCUUGUCACAACACAACUGAUUGGCUCAAACGCAUUAAGAAGGAAAUGCCACAAAUUAACUUAACGAGGUGCACCUGUUUAUUGAAAGGCAUUCCAGUUAACUACCACAUGAAGCUGGUUGAGAGAAUGCAAAGAAUGUGCAUAUCUGUCAAGGCAACGGGUGGCUACUUUGAAGAAUCUCAAAUAUAAAAUAUACAUGAUUCCAUACGUUAUUUCACAGUUUUGAUGUCUUCACUGUUCUACAAAGUAAAACUAUAACUCCCUG